AUUGCUGAUAAUUGUUCUGGUUACAUUUCGCAAUCCUACAUCGUACGACAUGGCGAUCGUCUAAGUUCAGUACAUUUUUAUACGUUAUUAUAGGUGGACUACUUAUAGUCCCAUACACAUUCCAAAAUGUUGAAGUUCGUGAUCGUGUUAUCGGUAGUUUCGUAUGUACUAGCCGCGCCCACAUCUGAAGGUCUGCAGCCACAGCUGGAUGGACGUAUCGUCGGCGGUGUUGCAACGACCAUUAGCUCUUUUCCAUGGCAAAUAUCAUUACAGUUUUCCGGCUCACAUUCAUGUGGUGGCUCCGUUUACAGUGAAAAUAUCAUAGUGACAGCUGCACAUUGUCUCUCUGAUUAUCCACCACUUUCUGCAAUAAGAGUACGUGCCGGUUCGACUUACUGGAAUUCUGGUGGUAUACUUUCCCAGGUUGCUGCAUUUAAGAUACACGAACUUUACGGCCAGGAUGGCAUGUCCAACGAUAUUGCCAUAAUACGUUUGGCCGCUCCACUUAAGUUUAGUUCGACCAUUAAACCAAUUCCUUUGGCUGUGACAGCGCCACCAGAUGGUGCCGUAGCUGUUGUUACCGGUUGGGGUACUAAACGUUCUGGUUCACAAACAUUACCCACGCAGUUGCAGGCUGUCAAUUUGGAUGUUGUUAGUUCAGAAACGUGUGGCUCGGAUAUUUAUGGGUACGGUGAAGGUAUUUCAGACACUAUGAUCUGCGCCUACACCACCGGUAAAGAUUCAUGUCAAGGUGAUUCUGGUGGUCCGAUGGUUUCGGGUGGCGUGCUUGUUGGCGUUGUAUCGUGGGGUGCAGGUUGCGCUUUCCCCAAUUUUCCGGGUGUAUACGCAGAUGUGGCUGCCCUACAUACAUGGGUGGAGAAUAAUGCCAAAACUAUUUAAGUAAUCUGAAAUGAAUAUUUGUGUCUUAAAAUGAUAUAAAAGUGUUAUUAUAACAAUAAAAGAUAUCAGAAAUUUACUAUAUUAAAAAUUGAAAA